AUUCUUCUUCAUUUUUGUUGAAUAGCUCUUUAUUCAAUAUUCAAUAAACUAAUACAAAAGCUAGAGCGAAAAGAAUUUCCCAUUAAUUGUAUUUGUCGGUUUCUGUCCUAAAUAUAGUUAACUAAUCAACCAUGAUAAUUGAGAAGUACUUUAAUUAUUAUUGAAUGACCACCAAAAGUAAAAAAGUAAGUCUAUAAGAACGCCUCUCAGACUAACCAUCUAACCUAGCUUUGAAAUUUUAUGCAACUUUGGGAUUUAGCCAUCUUCUUCCCCUCUCUUCGUAUACGACCACCAAAUGGAAUCUGAGGGAGGAGUGUUGUUACCAUUGUUUCACGAGCAUCCUAUGAUGCCUUGGAAUGAUCUGAGGAGAGGUGAUUGUUGUGGAAGAUAUGAAUCACAGAGUGACGGCUACUAUUGUAAACUCUGUGUCUUUUUCGUCCACAAGAAAUGUGGCAACAACGAGCUCUCUCAAUUCAUCGACCACCCAUCUCACCCCAAUCACACUCUCCAGCUUCGACUUGAUAAAGGAGGUAACAUAUGUGAUUUAUGUGGUUGGAAAAUCGCAAAGCUAUGCUAUCGUUGUCAGAUGUGUGACUGCGACUUGGAUCUACACUGUGCCAAGUACCCACCACCAGAUGUUAUUGACAAUUUUGAGACUCACCCCCACAAGCUCACACUUGUCAAGGAUAAGACCAUCUUCAACUGUUCUGCUAAAUGCGGGAAGGCUAGUGUUGGACUUACUUACAAAUGUGAUGAAUGCGAUGUAGCCUUCCACGUGGAUUGUGUAUGGCACCCAGCAACAGAUCAUCCGACAGAGGUAAACCAUCCUUACCACUCCUUGCAUCCUCUUAAGCUCCUCACAGGUCCGCCACCGGACUAUUCUGAUGGUAAAUGUCGUCUUUGCGGAACAGAGAUUGACAAAGAAUUGUUUUAUCAUUGUUCUUCUUGCAACUUCACACUGGAUAUGCCUUGUGUUUUGAACCCACCACAAAAAACUCUUGUUGAUCCGAAAGUGCAUGAUCACCAACUCACCCUUCUUCCACGACUCGAUUCUUUUACUUGUAAUGCUUGUGGUCUGAAGGGAGAUCGAAGCCCUUACGCAUGUUUUGAUUGUGGUUUCAUGAUCCAUCAAGACUGUCUUGCCCUUCCACGUGUCAUUAACAUCAACCGGCAUGAUCACCGUGUUUCUCGUACUUCGGUUCUUGGUGACGCUGCUAUGAAUUCUGUGUGCGGAGUUUGUCGCAAAAAGGUGGAUUGGACAUGUGGAGGGUUUUAUUGUAAGAGGUGUCCUGGCUAUGUCUUUCAUUCUAAAUGUGCUACCAGAAAUGAUGUGUGGAACGGGAAAGAACUCGAAGGAGUACCCGAAGAAGAAGAAGGUACAGAACCAUAUGUGGUAAUAGAUGAAAACACAAUACAACAUUUCAGCCACAAAGAGCAUUACCUAAGACGAAUCCAUGGGAAUGGUGUUUUGUAUGAGAAUAACAAACGAUGCAGCGCAUGCAUCCAUCCCAUCGGUCUCCAAUCCUUUUAUGGAUGUAUGGAUUGUCAUUUUUCUCUCCAUCAGAAGUGUGCUGAAUGUCCUAAAAAGAAAAGGCAUGUACUACACAAUGAACGGCUCACUUUAGUUACAAACAAGGAGCUAGAAGUCUUCAGUUGUGAUGCUUGCUAUCGAAGGUCCAAUGGUUUCAUGUACAAGGAUGGGGGUAAGGAGUUUGAUGUCUUGUGCGGUUCAAUUUCUGAGCCAUUUGUCCAUCCAAGUCAUCCCCAACAUCCCUUAUAUUACAUUCCAACAGAAGAAGUAGAAAUAUGCAAUGGUUGCAACAGCAAGGAAGAUUAUGUGCUCAGGUGCAUUGAAGAUGAUUGUAGAUUUGUAUUGUGCUUCAAAUGCGCCACUCUACCACAAGUGGUGAAGCACAGAGUAGACGAUCAUCCUCUCUCACUGUGCUAUGGCGAAGAGGAAGAGGCAAGUGGUAAAUAUUGGUGUGAUAUUUGUGAGAGAGAAACCAAUCCAAAGGAAUGGUUCUACACUUGUAAAGAUCAGCGGGCUAGUUUGCAUACAGAAUGUGUGCUCGGAGACUCUGCAGGGCUCAUGCCAAGAAGUAUAGCAGAGAUUUGGUGCAAAUCGUUUGAGGUGGAGCUCAAUAAUAGUGUAACUCGUCCGUUUUGCAAGGGGCCGUGUAAGGAUCGUUGCAAGUACCCUAUCUACUUCAAGUUGCUUGGAAGAACCUCAGAGACAUACCUUUGCUCCGUUUCUUGCAUAUUUUGGUUUCGUUGAUGAGGAAAGAUGUUUAUUCGUUUAAGUUUCUUAUAUUCUUCCUUGGACAAGUUCACUUCCAUUAUGAAUUUGAUGAUCUCUAUCGAACUUAUUUUUAUUUUAUUUUAAAAAUGUGAGCUGUUUUCUUAUAAAUUUAUAGGUAACAGAUUCUUGAGGACUAAAAGAACAAUCACUGUGAAUCAUAGUGUAACCGAGUGUUGUUGUCCUACACAUCACCAUUCUUUGUGUUGUCUCUGCCUAUUCAAACAUGGAAGAAAGAUGUGUCUCUCUUCUCUUGGGUAGAAAAUGAUUGUUUAUCAAAGCAUUUCUCUAUAAACUAUUAUAGAAGGAAAUCGUGAAGUUAAUUACCCUGGAAAUUGGAACUCUUUUAC